AUGCCAUCUAGACGGAGUGCAGAGAAGACCCACCCGUCGGCGGCUGCGCCGGCGGUUCAAACAGUUACCCCACUAAGCUCCCGGAGAGCUCUUGUUUGCGUAGUAGGCUUCGUUUUGUCUCUUAUAGUUGUUUACGGACUCUACACACCGAGCGGAAGUUUCCAUGAUACCGGAAAGUGGUUUCCCGGGACCCCCGACAACGUCGCCGACAUCGACAUCGACGCAGACAAUGACUUGUACCUAAUCGGCGCCGGCCGCGCCGACAUCACGGGCCCGGUUGUAGAGAUCAAUAUGAUGGGUUACGCAGACCCCAAACAGCUCGGCACCGGCCUCCGGCAGAGACUGUACGCCCGCGCUUUCAUCGUCGGAAGUGUGGCAAGGCGCGAUGACAGAUUCAUUUAUGUUGUGCUGGACACCCAGUCGGGAGACACAGCUGUUCGGUAUGGCGUCCUUCACGGCCUCGCCGAGCUAGGGUUCGAAUACUCCAUGUACGGUCAUCACAACUUGGCCCUAACCGGAACGCAUUCUCAUUCCGGCCCGGGCGCUUGGCUGAACUAUCUGCUACCUCAAAUCACAAGUAAAGGAUUCGAUAAGCAAAGCUACCAGGCCAUUGUCGAUGGCACGCUGCUGGCAAUACGUCGUGCUCACGAGGGGCUGGAGCCAGGGCACAUUAGUGUCGGAUCUACCAAAGUAACUGGCGCCAGCAUCAACCGCAGCCUGUAUGCGUAUAUGGCCAACCCGGAAGAAGAACGUGCCAAGUACAACACCAGCGCCGAGGAGGACGGGUCUGUUGAGAAAGAAAUGACCCUUCUGAAGUUCCAACGAGCCUCAGACGGCAAAAGUAUCGGUGUGCUGACAUGGUUUCCAACCCACGGCACCUCCAUGCUCGGAAACAACACGCUCAUCUCGGGAGAUAACAAGGGCGUGGCAGCCUGGCUUUUUGAGAAGAGCGUGCGAGAGAACCCCCAUACGACCAAAAGCUUUGUUGCUGGCUUCUCCCAGGCAAACGUGGGAGAUGUCAGCCCCAAUGUGCUGGGCGCUUUCUGCGAGGAUGGCUCCGACGACCCAUGCGACUUCGAGACCAGCACCUGCAGCGACGGAAAAAGCCAGAAGUGCCAUGCCAGAGGCCCGUUCUUCCGAAAGAAGGACAACGGAGCCGCGUCCUGCUUUGAGAUUGGUAAGAGGCAGUACACCGCUGCCAAGAAGCUAUUCGACGACAUGGGGUCCAGCGCCCAGCGUGUCCGCGGCUCGUGGGUCAGAUCAUUUCACACCUUCCAUAACAUGUCCGAGUUUCGGUUCGAGCUACCCAACGGGACAGAAGUGAGAACCUGUCCUGCGGCAUUGGGAUACUCUUUUGCAGCGGGGACGUCUGACGGCCCUGGUGCAUUCGACUUUACCCAGCAUGACUCGAAUUCGUCAAAUACAUCGCCUUUGUGGAAGGUCGUUGGUGGUUUACUAAAGGCGCCAACGGAGGAUCAAAUCGCCUGUCACUCGCCCAAGCCAAUCCUGUUGGACGUGGGCGAGGUCUUCAACCCCUACCAGUGGACACCCAACAUUGUGGAUAUCCAGACAUUCCGGGUUGGACAACUCGUCAUCAUCGUUAGCCCGGGAGAGGCCUCUACCAUGGCUGGACGUCGGUGGAAAGAUGCCGUCAGACACAAGGCCGAGUCCUUGUUUGCUAACGAGGCUGAUGUCGAACCUGUAGUUGUCAUUGGAGGGCCGGCAAAUAGCUAUACGCACUACAUCACGACGCAAGAGGAAUACGGGAGACAACGAUACGAAGGUGCCUCGACACUAUAUGGACCCUAUACGCUCGACGCAUACAUCAACCGAACCCUCGAGUACCUGCCAACUCUGAGCGCUUCGUUCACAAAAGGGCCUCCCUCUCAUGCUGGAGGCCCAUACCCCCCCGACAACAGCAAUAGAUCUUUGAGUUUUAUCACUGGUGUAGUGCGAGACGGAACGCCCGUGUUCCGCAGCUUUGGCGAUGUGAAGACCGAUGUGCAAAAGAGCUAUACCAUCGGAGACGUUGUGCGAGCCACUUUUGUCGGAGCCAACCCUCGAAACAACUUGCGCCUGGAACAAAACUACGCUGUCGUAGAGAAACUGGUCAUCGACAAGGGUGGCAUCAAGAAAUGGGAAAUUGUGCGGGACGACAAUGACUGGAGUUUGAUUUUCAACUGGAAGCGGACGAGCGACAUACUCGCCACAAGCGAGGUCGAGAUUGUAUGGGAGACGGAGAACGAUGGGGAGCCGGGGACAUACCGGUUCCGCUACUACGGGGACUCCAAGUCGCUGGGUGGCAAAAUCACAAGUUUCGAGGGAGUCAGUGGGCAGUUCAAGUUGCACUAA